AUGGCAAGGGGACAGCGGCCAGACCGUCAGGGGCGGCGCGACCUGGCCAUCCGAAUCUGGAACACCGUCAGCCAAAACUACAUUCUCGGCUUCACGUCGUUUGGCGGGCCGCCGGUUCACUUGAAAAUUUUCCAUGACAAGUUUGUGACACGGCUGCAAUGGAUCAAUGAGCAGGUGUACCAGGAGCUGUUCAGCGUGUGCCAGGCCUUCUCGGGUCCCGGGAGCACCAAGAUGCAUUACUGCAUCAAUCUCAUCCACGAUGGCUUUCUCCCGGCCGUGCUCGGCUUCUUCAUCUGGAGUUUGCCCGGCGCCUUGGGCAUGUACGGCCUAUCCAUCGGCGUGCCCAACAUCGGCACGGCUCUGCCCCGGCCGGUAUACGCCCUCCUAUCCGGCCUCAACGCCUCUACUGUGGGCAUCAUUGUCCUUGCUGCGGUCCAGCUGUCCGAGAAGGCAAUCACAGACAAGAUGUCGCGCAUUCUGGUCUUCCUCGGUGCUGCCGCCGGCAUGCUGUACAACGCGCUGUGGUACUUUCCGCUGCUCAUGUUUCUCGCCGGUGUGUCGACCGUUGUCCACGACCAGCGCUGGCUGCAUCGCCCGGUGAGCGUGUUGGCCACCGGGGCAUCGGUUGUGAGACGGCGGGUUCGACGGGUGGUGGGAGGUGUCCACGUUGACUCGCCUGCUCCCCCGGCCGCAGCGGCCGAAGAAGCACCUACGGAGACGACGCAGCCGGCCCUACCGCUUACCGAGGAUGGGCGCUCCUCUGCCGAGCAGGACCAUAGGACCAUUCCCCCGGAACGCAGGCUCAACUUUUCGUGGAAGUUUGGUCUCAGCGUCAUCGCAUGCUUCCUCAUCACCUUUGUCGUCGUGAUGGUCCUGCGCGCCACUGUGCAGGCCAAGUCCCUUCUCUUCAGCUUCUUCGCCAACAUGUACCUGGCGGGCACGAUCAUCUUUGGUGGCGGGCCCGUCGUCAUCCCGCUCCUACGCGAGUAUGUCGUUGCCGAGGGCUGGGUGUCCGCCAGGGACUUCCUGAUCGGGUUGGCGAUCCAGCAGGCUUUCCCUGGCCCAAACUUCAACUUUGCCGUCUACCUGGGAUCACUAACGGCCAUCAAUGGCGGCCACAGCUCCGCUGCGGGCGCCGUCCUGGGUUUCGUAGCCAUCUUCGCCCCGGGCCUGAUCACGGUCCACGGCACCAUGGGCAUAUGGAGCGCGGUCCGCGGGCUUCGCUGGGUAAGGUCUAUGCUGCGGGGCGUUAACGCGGCCGCCGUCGGCCUCAUCUAUACGGCCGUCUAUCGUCUCUGGCAGAUUGGGUACAUUGACGAGGGCUUCCAGCAGGGUACCAGUCUUGCGUUGGAGCCGUGGUGGGUGGUGGUCACGGCGACCAGCUAUGUUGGGGGCUACUGGUUCGGCGUCAGCCCUCCAGUCGCGAUUGUCAUGGGAGCGGUGCUCGGCUUAGUAUGGUACGGCGUGGUGUCUGGAUGA